AGAGAGAGAGAGAGAGAGAGAGAGAGAGUAGUCAACUGAAGGCGAGAGUAGUCAACUGAAGGCGAGUCAGUCUCAACUGAAGGCGGGUCAGUAGAGCAGACUGCUGCUGAUGUCGCUGGUCGACAAACAGCAAGUCUUCCUUCGCGAUAGAAGUUUGUUAGGUGAAUAAACCUACAAAUUCGUCUUUAUACUGCUUUUAACUCAUCCUAGAGUGAAUAACCCAAGAUGAUAUCGGACAUGAAGAACUUGGCUGUGCCGUUGUGCGCUCGAGCACUUUUCUUGGCUCAACUUCUGGCUUCAUUCCUCUUCAGUCCUGCGCUAGGCCAAAGUGAUGGCAGUGGCGUGGUGGUGGCCACGUACAAUAUCAGUGUGCUGCAGGGAUCUCAGGCGGUGUUGCAAUGUCAUAGUCAGCGCAUGGUGUGGACACAAGACCGCAUAAAGGAUCGCCAAAGGGUAGUGCACUGGGAUUUACUUCGUAGUGGCCCAGACCUCGCAAUGGAACGUGUUAUAGACAUGUUUUCUACUGGAGACCAGCGCAUCUACAAUGGCUACAACCAGGGGCGGAUUAACAUGACCAAGACGGCUUUUAAGGAUGGCAACUUCUCUUUGGUAAUCAAAGAUGUUGCAGUGAGUGACAAAGGAAUCUACUCCUGUAACCUGCAUCAUCAUUACUGCCACCUGUAUGAGUCGAUCAAAGUUCAGCUCAAUGUCACCAGAUCAGCACGUAAGGAGAGGCGGUUUUGGGACGGUCAGAAGGCAGUGUUUGUGGUUCUGGUGGGCAGCACGGUGGUUCUCCCUUGUGUUAACCGCCGGCCCAUCUGGACAGAGGGCAACAGUCAGGAGGACCAACAACAAGUGGUGCACUGGGACCGUCAACCUCCAGGGGUCCGACACGACCGUGCUGAUCGGCUCAUCGACCUGUACGCUUCUGGUGAGAGACGACACUACGGACCGCUGUUUGUUCAGCAAAAGAUGAAUAUUUCUGCCACAGCAUUCUCGCAGGGAGAUUUCUCUCUGAUCAUCUCAGACACCCAGCCCAUGGAUCAGGGGCUAUACUCCUGUCAUCUCCACCAUCACUACUGCGGCCUGCAUGAGAGACGCAUCUUCCAGCUUACUGUGAUGCCUCCGGUCCCCCAGAUCCCUCAGGAACCCACAGAUGAACCUCAAUAUCUUCCCAAUGAAGACCCAAACACCGAUAUGGUAGAAGUGCCGCCACAUGUAAUCAACGUCAUCUUGCCAGAGCAAAGGAAUCACUUCCUGCAGCAGCUGGGCUACAUCCUAGCAAUGCUCCUUCUACUGGCCCUUAUUGUGUUGGCUAUCGCUCUCCUGACGUGUCACCGGAAAAGACAAGGCAUAAAUUUUGAUCCACGAAAAGUCGAAAGCCCUCCUCUGCCAACGGUGACGUAUGUUGGCCACACAUCAUGUGUUAAGAAAGAAUGUGAGCGAAGCAUCGCAGAUGUGAAGUCAAGCAACCAAGAGGAAACGAAGCUGGACUACAAGAACAAUCUUCUGAAGGAAGUGGAAAUGUCCAAACUAUGCUCCCCAAAAGUCAUUGACCUGGACAGAGCUUUUUUCUCUGCAGAGAUGGAGAGGCCAUCUUGGAAAUGAGGUACUUUGCCACUGGCUGGUCCAGGGGCAGAUUCGUUCAAACUUGGGGUGACUUUGGGAUGAAGAAUGACAUGUGGACAGUAACAAUAAUGGCAAGGAAAAGACAGUUGUAUAGUUUCUUUUUCCUGACUCAAGAUGGUUCUUUUUUUUCUUUUUUUUUUUUGCUCUUGUGAAGCUUGCAAAAAGCACUUGAAUCUCAACAGUAAUAUUUUGGACAACUGUUUCAGAGCACUAAAAAAACAAGCAAAAAUCUUUAAAAUGCAAGAAUAUAGUCUGCAUUUGUUUUUUUUUGUUUUUUUUUUUACUGAAUUUGCCCAAUGCUGUGGGUGAGAAUGAAACACCCAGAAUAAUGUGUCGUGUGGAAGGAUGAGGCCUGGCAGAUGCUGUGACAUGAAAUGUUAGCUCAGAAGCUUUAAUUGAGGAAGAACCUUCUUAUUCAAUAGGGAAUAAAAAAUAAAAAAAAAUCUAUGCCGUUUUAAAUGAUUUUGUAAUUAAAUUAAGUCCACAGCUGUAUGGUACAAUUAUUGCAGACGCUAUUGCUACAUCACAAAUUGCAUUUUUUAUUUCUUUUUAAUAUUUUUUUUCUUUCUGAAAGCUUCAAUUUAUAAGCAUACUUUAAUGCAUCAUGCUCUUAAUAAUCAUGCUAGGUGAGGUGUAAUUUGCUUUUAAUGUUGAUCUGUCUCUGUAUAAUUUAGCCCAGACUCAAUUCUGAAUUUUAUGUGUUGGUUUUGUAUAACAGUUUUAAACAUGAGUAAAUAUUAGUAGAAAAUUAAAGUCUACAUUCUUAUUGGUGUAUGAAAGCACAGUCAGUUUAGCCAAAAUAUUCAAUACUGCAAUUCAUUAGAAUAUUAUAAACCCAUUUUUUCAUUUUGAUAUUUAUUCCCAAAAGUGUAUUACCAUUAAAAAGCUACAUUUUUUUUAUGUAUAAGAUUUUUUAAUCACAAUCUUUUGUAUCAUGUUACACUGUCUCUGUUAUUAACUUUUUCAUGUUAUCAUUUGUAUAUUUUCAUGCUUAAUUUUCUCAUGUUACAAACCUUACUAAUUGCCUUUGUGUUACCGUUUAUUUGAAUAUUCUAGUGUUUAGUGUAUUUGCUUUCAUACAUACUUGCUGCUUUGAGUUCAUUUGAGGUCAAACAGUUAAUUGUGAAAGUGAUACAAAUGCAUCAAGGUACCUGUACAACAUAAAAUAAUUUAAUUUUAAUAGCAUGGCUUUUGCCCAGUUGCAAUGCUGGGGAAAAGCCAUGCUAUUAAAUUUAAAUUAUUUUUAAUUGCAAUGCUUUUGCCCAGUAUAAUGAUUAUAUGAGACUCGGUCGCUCUUUUAAAUUCCUCAAAGGCUCCAGAUAGGAAUGUGUUAAGACCACUGAUUGAGGUGGCAAGAGGAAUUUGCUGGGUAGACACAAUGCAUUCAGUACACAUAAUGGAUACUUGAUCAUUCCCAUCCUGAUGCAGUUUUAUUAUUGAUGAUAAAAUUUUCAUUUGUUUGAUUCAAAACAGAAUGAAAUAAAUACAUUUUAACUCCUGGAUUA